GAUCUUCGAGUCCUUCGAACCUACCUCAGUGUCAGCACUGCAUGGUGCUUCGGGGUUUGUGGCUUCGCCUCCGAGUCGGAGGCGACCAGCUUUCGGUUCACCGGCCCUCCCAGGAGCACGGAGGCCAGCGCCCCACUGCCUAAGCGCGCACCAGUUCUUGCAGUCAAAGAGGUGGCGCAGCUUGAGCGCGCAGGCAACUCGCGGGUGCUCUGCGACAGUGUCGUGUCCGAGGGUCCCCCCUGCAUGCUCCUUGCACGCGCCCGCGCCAGUGACGCGGCGCGUGUCUUUCCGCUCUUGCUUCAGGUAUCCGGCGACCCCUGGGCCACAGUGUGGAUGCAGGACAGUGCUGCCAAGGCCCAGUUGGCCACCAGCUCCAGAAGUCGCCCACUCUUACCCCUCAUCGCACCAGCGGUGAUAUCUCAGGAGGAAAUUACGCGAUGGCAGCGCAGUGCUCUGGCCAGCGCCGCUGCUGCAGGCGCAGAGCGUCUCAGCAGCCUUGGCCCUAAGGCCUCAUGCCCGGCUUGGGCGCCUCAGACGGGUGUCGGUCUGGUUUUGCGCCGCCUGCUGGCUCACCACGUGCGCGAGCAUGCUCGCAGCACCGUGACGUACAGCCGCCACUUCCUGACCCUCGCAGCGCGGGUAUUGGAAGAAAUUCUCAUAGCCAUCAGAGAUGGCAACUUCUCGCCGGACCGCCCUCUCGGCUGGCAGCUUUCUGUGCCUGACGCACAGCUAAACAUGUGCCGGGCGACGGGCGAGUUUUUCGCGCUACGAGACUAG